GGAUAUUCCCAGAAGCGAAUUAGAAUAGCCGUUCUAUGACAUUCAUGCACACAAUCCGAUUUCUUCUUAUGUUAUUAUAGAUCAUGGUCAUUGGCGGAACUGUUGUCGAUAUUACCGCGACCGCUCAUGACACUUCCUCGAAGCUGAUGCUCAACAGCUCGUUUCCUGGCACAACUCGGAUAUCGUUGGGCGGUGUGGGGAGGAACGUGGCAGAGGCUGUUUCCAAGCUCAAUGCGGACGGGUGUGUCUUUGUGUCCGCCGUCGGUGGAGAGAGACCAGAACAGAGUAUCCUGAACAUGGUUGCUGAGGCCGCCACAGGUGAUCUCUUUGGUUCAUGGCUCAUCAGCGAGAUCGGACGGAAAGGGAUGCGAAACCUUGAGAUUCAUCAAAUUUCAGGCGCCCGAACUGCCACGUACACUGCCCUCCAUGAUGCAGCAGGCAGUUUACUGUCGGCUGUUGCAGACAUGGAUGUCUCCGAGCUGCUUUCUCCUAGUAAGGUAUAAACAUUGGGCUGUAGGGGCCGCAUCGAAAUGCUACUCUCUCAAAUGCUAGAGAGGCAGAAACAGCUUUAGCAUAACGCUUCCUUUCUAUACCUCAACAGGUGGAGGACGCGAUUAUCAAGCAUAAGCCGAGUACGAUAUGUUUCGAUGGCAAUUUGUCAGUUGAAUGUAUACGUACUAUUCUGAAAGUCA